AUGACACCAACAGAAGAGUAUUCGUUGAAAUAUGUUUAUAGUAGUAAGGAUCAAAUUAAAGCCCCAUUUUAUGGUGUUAGUUUCAAUAAAUUUGACAAUUCUGGUGAUUCAAAUUUUGCUAUAGUUGGUGGCUCUACAAUUAUAGUCGUAUCUAUCGAUGGUAGGAAAUCUUCAGAACCGAAUUUAUAUCAAUAUGAGCAGGAUAUUGUUUCUUUAAAGGAUCCUGAAAAUUUUUAUUGUUGUGCAUGGAUAUAUGAUCAAGAUACUGAUUCACAAUGGAUUGCCGCUGGUGGAUCUACAGGAAUUAUUAAAAUCUUGGAUGUUUGUACAGGACGUUUAAUAAAGCUAAUUCCAUCAUCUGUCAAAUGCAUGAACAAGAAACUUAUUGGACAUGGAGAUGAAAUUAAUGAAAUACAAAAUCAUCCAAGAGAUACAAAUUUGUUAUUUUCAGGCAGUAAAGAUUUUUCAAUAAGAUUAUGGGAUUUGAAAACAUGUCAACCAAUCGUGAUAUUUGGUGGCGAGUGUGGACAUCCAUCUGCUGGGAUGGAUCAUGCAAUAAAAAUAUGGACUUUGUGCACACCAAUUAUUCAAAAUGCAAUCGAUGUAUCUAAAAACAGUAAACCACAAAGAUAUAGCGGACAGUGUUGCACCACUGGUGAUUAUAUUAUAACACCACUUUUUGUGCAUUUUCCAAUAUUCUCAUCAAUUGAUAUACACAACAAUUAUGUUGAUUGUGUAAGGUGGUAUGGCGAUUAUAUAUUGUCUAGAUGUGCUGCGACAACUACUAUAAUAAUGUGGAAACCAAAAAUUAAAUUGUCACCAGUCGAGGACAAGUCUACAAUAACUAGUGUUGUUGUUGGGGGUCCAAGUAAGCCCUCAACAAGUUAUGAUAUUCAUUGCGAAUUAGAUUUUGAAAAUUGUGAUAUUUGGUUUCUACGUUUUACACUGUCACCUGAUCAAGAGCAACUUGUCAUCGGAAAUCAAACAGGGGAUAUAUUUUUAUGGGACAUGAAUCAAAUAUCAAAUGUUAUUGCUAAUUAUACAAAGAAAAAGAUAUUUAAAAUUUGUGGGAAAAAAACUGCCAAAGGCAAGAAAAAGAAAGGUAAAGAUGUAGCAAACUCUGAUUUAUUAGAAUGCAUCAAGUAUAAUAGUAAGUAUAGUGAUACUACAAUCAGACAAAUUGCAUUUUCAAAAAACAAACAAUGGAUGAUUGCUGUAUGUGAAGACGCGUCUAUCUGUUGCUGGAAAUUGGAACAAAUAGUGUCAUCUGAUAAUUUGGAAAUUGACAACAAUGACAAUAAUGAUGAUGAUAACGACAAUAACGAUGGCGACAAUGACUAUAAUGAUGACAAUGAAAUGAUAACAUAG